AUGUCUUCAUCGUCAUGCUCUGUUGCCGUACUUUUCCUUGCCAUCGCACGCGUUCUCUUCGCCCUCCAGGUGACUCCAGGUUCGCCCUGUGCCCUUCGUUGCCUGGAUUUUCCCACCGGCGAUGAGUUCAAGGCCUCCGAUUCGAAUACAAACACGAGCGACAUCGCCUGCCAAGACCGCGAGUUUCUGACGACGGACAAGGGAAUCAAGUUUAAAACUUGUCUCGAAUGUCUUGAAACCAGCAGCAAGGUCGACGGCGGCGAGUCGGAUCUCAAAUGGUACAUCUACAGCUUGCGAUAUAGCCUCGGAACUUGCCUCUUUGGGCAACCACAACCACCGCCGAACUUCACCUUGGAUUCGGCAUGCAACAUCGACAAGGCAUGUAGGCCGUUACGGACCCCGCUGACGGCCGACCGUCUUCUACCAGUGUCGAACGGCGCCUUUGACUAUUGCACGGCAAAUGACGGACUCUUCAUGGGACCAAACCUCACACCAUGUAUCCUCUGCCUCCAAGUGACCGAAGGCCAGGCGUAUCUCUCCAACUUCUUGGCAGCUCUCGAAGCUGGCUGUCGACAGAAUCCCCAAGAUGGCAGCAUUCUCCGUCUCCGUGGCAGCGUCUUCGCUACCAAGCCCCUUACCAUGGGCGAGCCGACAGCCGACCACGAGCAAGGCGGUCGAGGUGAGUUUACUCCGAGCGCCAUCGCCGGCAUUGUCAUUGGCGUCGUCAUCAUUUCCUCGGCAGCUGUUGCCUUGUGCACCAUUCACCUCUGUCGCAAGAGGUGGCGCGGUACGUGGGAUGGUUCUCGAUACUAUAAAUUCCAUGCCACUCCUCACGUCUCGUACCCUACUGCUGGACGUGUGGACCGACCACAAGCAAAUGACGGCGACUCCAGCAAUAACCCCCCCGGCGAAAAAGCGUCCCCUUACACCGUGUUUGAUAAUUACUAUGAGAGAGUGGGAAUCGACAGGAGUGACCAAGGUGGUAGCUCCCGCAAUGCCACCGGCCCCGAGCCUUCAGGCAGCACCAUACCGACACACCAAGCAUAUAACCCUCCAACCUCGUCCAGGACGGCGAAUCAAGCAAACUUGCACCCCCCUGUGGCAACCCCAGCUCCCGUGCACAAUGAGCCGAGGACCAACACACCGGAUUCCUUCGCCGUCCAAGCCUAUCUCAAUGCGGCGGAAGACUCGGCCCGAAUCUCACCCCGACAACCUCCUGGUCCGACUGCAAAAUCCGCGUCGCAAGACGGAAAGUUUGCCAAACUUUGCUCCCUCAUUCCCCCCUCUCUCCGUAAACUCCAAGCACCACAUCGGGACCAGAAUCCGCCACUGCCAGGGGAGAUUGCGACUCCCGGCGGUGUGCAUCGAGGACACGAGAUGCAAGUCUCGCACCCAGUCAUGCAGGACGACCCAGCGUUCCACAAUGGACAAAUUGGGGCAACUUGGUCUGCCCGCCGCGAACGUCCUGCGCCCCUGCGGCAACCGAGCUGUGGGGACGACAAAUACAUCGAGGUUCCCUUGCGCAGUGGCAAGAGUGAUUUAUAUGGAUAA